AUGGCGGGACCCCGCUCCUCGACGUCGACGGCUGCGACCCGCUCCGUAUCCAAUCAUUCUAAGACUGCCGGAAGCUCCCCACCGAAGUCGGCAACAGCGACGCCCUCGCCGGCGCGCAAACGAAAGGCUGAUACCUCUGAUGAUGCAUUAUCAUCACCCCCAUCGUCUCGCAAAGUAAAGAAUCUUAAGACGGUCAGCACGAGUACCGGCGAGAAGCGACUGCGCCGAUACCGAUCGAAACCACCUCAAAGCUUCCACGAAGUUUAUCAUCGAGCAACAACGCAGCGCUUCUACGUUCUCGAGCGGCGGCGAUGCGGAACUCCGGAUGCGCCCGAGGAGGAGGUUGAGUUGACUGGUUCUACUGGCAAUGUAUACACCGUCAAGAUCGGCCAGACCCCGUCGUGUAGUUGCCCGCACGCCAUGAAGGGAAAUCAAUGCAAACACUGGCUUUAUGUUAUGUCUCGAGUCCUCCGCGCCAAAUUCGAAUACACAUACCAAUUGGCGUUGGUCCCCAGCGAACUUAAUGAGAUCUUCGACAAGGCCCCGCCCAUCGAUCCCCAAGCCGACGAUUCCAAGAACAAGAAUCGCAAGCCCAUCGACGGAGACUGCCCCAUCUGCUUCUGCGAGCUCGAAUCUGAUAACAACGAGACGAUUGUAUGGUGUCGCGCAGCUUGCGGCCAAAACAUACACAGGGAAUGCUUCGAGACUUGGGCUGCGACAAAACGUCGCGACAGCUAUGGCUCAAGUGAUGUGACUUGCCCAUACUGCCGUAGUCUAUGGCAGGGCGAUGAUGAUAUGAUAAAGAACAUCAAGAAAGGCGGCAAGAUCACUCGUGAGGGAUAUGUCAAUGUCGCUGAGCAGCUCGGUAUCAGUACACAAAGAGUACGCUUGUCCGACGCCCAGCACCUAGGCUCGGCGGUCGGAUACGAUGCAUCAUUGACCUUGUUCCAAUCCGAUCAAGCUCAACCUGCCUCGCUCGUGUUCACUUCCGAAUUGCUUACCCUGAGCUGGCGCCUUCUCUUGACCUUGUGCCAGAAGCAGCCGCGGUUCAUGUUCCAGUUGACGGAAAACACAUCUACCAUGGACCUAAGAGCUACGUCAGCUGUCAGCACGACCAUGCUCUUUGCAGCCCCGACUGCGAAUGUGUGGCGAAGGCGAUGA